GUCUGGCCUGGAUGUUUGAAGAAAAAAUAGUCGCUUACUGAAUUCCAGGCACUCAGCAUGUCAGUGAAUAUAUUUCUAGUAGCCUUGGCAUUAGUUGGCCUGGCCCAAGGAGCAAGUUUUGGGCAGGACACCAGGAUACGGUAUGAUAACCAUUCGGUGUACAAAGUUAGAUUCGAAACAAAGGAUCAAAGGGAUUGGUUAAGAAAGUUGGCUGAAGAUCGCGAUAAUUUCAAACUCUGGCACGAGGCCAAGGAUGAAAUCCAUCUAAUGGUUAGUCCUGGAGCCCUUGACGAUUUUCAAAAGGAAGUUUUGAAAGCCAACGUCACCGCAGAUAUUUUCAUAAAGAAUGUGCAAGAGCUUAUCAACACCGAGAAAGCUGAAAAUUUCAUGGCCGCUAGAGAUGGCUCUUUUGGCUGGUCAAAAUACAAUACCUUGGAUGAGAUCUAUGCCUGGCUGGACGAAAUCCUGGCUGCCUAUCCUGUUAUCACCGAAGGAUUUGUCCUUGGACAGUCUUAUGAGAACCGGACCAUUCGUGGCAUUAAGAUAUCCUACAAGUCUGGGAAUCCGGGAGUGUUCAUAGAGUCCAACAUCCAUGCCAGGGAGUGGAUCACGUCCGCCACAGCCACGUGGCUAAUCAAUGAAUUUCUCACCUCCACGGAUGACUUUGUUAGGGAACUGGCCGAGAGCCAUGACUGGUACAUUAUUCCAGUGCUUAAUGUGGAUGGAUUUGUUUAUACUCAUGAGAAGGACCGCAUGUGGCGCAAAACUCGUCAGCCCUCGGAUAUUUCUACCUGCGUGGGAGUUGAUCCCAAUCGGAAUUACGACUCCCACUGGAUGGAAAACGGUGGAGCAUCCGAAAAUCCCUGUGCCGAGGACUAUGGAGGUCCUGCUCCCUUCUCCGAGCCAGAAAUCCAGGCCAUGGCGAACUACGUGUCGGCCAACAAGGAGAAGUUCAAUGUCUUGAUUGCUUUCCAUUCGUAUAGUCAGCUCCUACUUUCGCCUUAUGGCCACACCAGUGAGGAAUUUCCCCCCAAUUUUGAAGACCAAAUGGAAGUGGCCAAAGCCUAUGCCGAUGCUGUGGAAAGUCUGCCAUAUGGCACUGUCUAUCGAUACGGUUCCUCUGCUGGAAUACUUUAUCCCGCUUCUGGAGCCACUAUUGACUGGGCCUACAAUGAGCAGGACAUUGAAAUUACCUAUACCAUCGAGUUCCGCGACACUGGACGCUACGGCUUCAUUCUGCCACCAACCCACAUAGUUCCCAAUGCCGAGGAGGCAUUGAUUGGCAUUGCCGCUCUCCUAGAUAAGUGUGAAGAGCUGGGUUAUCUUGAGCUCAAGACUUUGUAAGUGCUGGGAAAAUUCUUGGUGCAAUAAACGAAUAAAGAUUA